AUGGAGGCCAGCAGCAGCAAUACUAGUAGCAAGAGUGGCUUGGUGGUGGCCAAUGAGAGAAGGCCAAGUGGGGGAAUCCGAAUAGAGAAUCCGUUUACUUUGAAAGUGGGUCAAGUAUUUACAGGCUUUGGCAUAGGCUGCGGUGUUGGUAUCGGUGUUGGUCGCCCCAUAAAUCUAGGUGCAAUACCAGUACUAAAUCAAGUCAUGGGUGCCACACGAGGUGCUACUGAUGCAUUAUCUGGCGUUAGCAGACAUGUAAAUAACUCUUUGAGGAAGCUGGGAGCAAAGAACAUUGAAGCAGGCAUUGGAUGUGGAGUUGGUAUUGGCCAUGGUUUUGGAGUUGGCCUUGCUGUGAAGCCAGGGGUGUUACAUCAAAUUCAAUUUCAUCUUGUACAAGGGAUCACAAAGAUGAUGGUGAAGUUUGGAGUUGCUCCCAAUUUAGCCAUUGGUCAAGGUGCCAUCCCAAGUUCUUUGCAAAGGGCCAUAGGCAUUGUAAAUGAUCCAUCAAGCCAAAAUCCAAUGGGAAGUAGCAUGCAGUUGGCUACAAAGCCACCAGACCAUAAAUCUCAAGGUUUACCUGGAUAUGGGAAUACUGGUACUGCUUCAGCCUAUGAAAAUUUUACAUCAAAAGGCUCUCCAGUUGAUACACCUUUUGGCAGUCGAACAGAAAAAGUUCUCAGCAGUUUUCUUCAGAAUCCAGUUCUGAAAGGAGAGGAAAGUGAACCAAAUGAAGCGGCUGGACGCUUGAGGUUGGAGAACAAAAUGCUUCAGAUGAUAUUGAAACACCAGCAAGUCAUUGAAGAGCUCAUGGAGGAAAACGAGAAGCUUCGCCAUGUACUAGUGGAAGACCUGAAAAUACCGCCUAGCAAGCUGCAAGCAAGUUUUUCAAGUAAAAACAAAUCUCCAUGUACAGAUUGUUUUGAGUGUCGUAGAAAACAGAGAAAAAAAUAG